AUGUCCUCCAGAGAUAAGGGUAAGAAAACCUCCGAGUUAUCGCCUAUCCUGUUGAGGAAGGGAAUUCAGGGAAUAGCGGGCGAGGUAAAAUCCGUCAAGCCAAUGAGAUCUGGUGUUCUCCUCGUUGAGGUUUACCGCCGUCAACAGGCGGUGAAUCUCAUGGGUACUUCCAGUUUUGCCGGUCUCAAUGUCGAAAACGACUCCGAGGCCGACAUACUGGAGUACUUCCAACAUGUUGAGAACAUCCAUGUUUCGGAGGUUAGGCGGAUCCGUUCCAGACGCAAUGGCCAAACAAUAAACACAAACACAUUCAUUCUCACGUUCGGAGGGCCACAGCUACCUCAGACGGUAACUAUAGGUUACCAGAGGUACGGUGUCUCCGCCUACAUCCCCAACCCUCUGCGGUGCCGGAACUGUCAAAAGUACGGACAUCACGAGGACAGAUGUGGACGGAACACUGUCUGCGAACACUGCGGACGUGAAGGCCACACAGACAACGACCAAUGCAACAUUGUUGGCAAGCGUUGCAUAAACUGCCAGGGUAACCAUGCGGCCUCAUCUCGAGACUGUCCUGCCUGGAAGAAGGAAAGGGAAGUCCUCCGGGUGAAAUAUACCGAGAAUAUUUCCUUUCCUGAAGCCAGGAGGAUUGUCGAGAGCAAGGACAGCACAAACCCAACGUUUGCCACAAUUGUUAAAAAGUCGUCAGCAGGUACCGUCUCGGUGAAGGAUGCUACUAUCCAAGCAUUUGAGGACCAGUCUGCCUGA